GUCUAUAAAAGAGGCCGCGGCGGAGCUCGUGCCGCCUUGCAGACGCCGCCGCCCCGGAAUUGCCCGCACCUCUUAGCCAUGGUCAACCCCACCGUGUUCUUUGACAUCGCCGUGGACGGCGAGCCCUUGGGCCGCGUCUCCUUCGAGCUGUUUGCAGACAAAGUUCCCAAGACAGCAGAGAACUUUCGUGCUCUCAGCACUGGGGAGAAAGGAUUUGGUUACAAAGGUUCCUGCUUUCACAGGAUUAUCCCGGGAUUUAUGUGCCAGGGUGGUGACUUCACACGCCAUAAUGGCACUGGAGGCAAGUCCAUCUACGGGGAGAAGUUUGACGACGAGAAUUUCAUCCUGAAGCACACAGGUCCUGGCAUCCUGUCCAUGGCGAACGCCGGACCCAACACGAACGGUUCUCAGUUUUUCAUCUGCACCGCCAAGACCGAGUGGUUGGAUGGCAAACACGUGGUGUUUGGCAUGGUGAAGGAAGGCAUGAACAUCGUGGAAGCCAUGGAGCGCUUUGGGUCCCGGAACGGCAAGACCAGCAAGAAAAUCACCAUUGCUGACUGUGGACAAAUCUAAUAAAUUUGACUCGUGUUUUAUCUUAACUACCAGACCAUUCCUUCUGUAGCUCGGGAGAGCGCCCUUCUGCCCCCAUCUGCUCGAAAUCUAGAGUCCCUGUGUUCCUGCCUCAGUUCCACGGGUCCUGUGUCCUCCUUACUCCCCUCCAAGUUUAGCUGGAUUGCAGAGUGAAGUUUAUGAUCAUGAAAUAAAAGCUAAACAACA